AUGAACGCGCUAUUUCGCUCGUACACGCCUAAAGUAAUGCAAUUAUUGGUGAUUUACAUUGCUGAAGCACACGCACGUGAUCAAUGGCCUGUAGGCAAAACGAUUUCAUGUGUGGAUCAGCCAACAACACUCGAACAACGACUUGAGAAUGCUCGUCAAUGCAAAGAGAAUUUUAAUUUCGAAGUGCUCAUGCUUGUCGACAAUAUGGAGAAUACCUUUCAUAAUACUUACGGAUCUUGGCCUUUUCGUUUUUAUGUCAUGUAUCAGGGUAAACUGGUUUUCAAAGCAGAACCUGAUCCGGAAACCUUCUGCUACAAUAUGAAAGACCUUGACACAUGGAUUACUAACUUCUGUCCAUCAAGUGAUCCAGUUGCUUAG